CAGAUGCGCAGCCCUCCAUGUCAAAAUACGUGCGCGUUCUUGCAUCGUAAUACUACAGUAGCCAAUCUAACUGAAGUUUUUCAUCUUCUGCAGACUUCCCUGCUCAGCACCCGUGCGGGCAAAACCAGCAUUCGCGCAGUUCUUCUGUGCACAAACACAGCAAUUGGUUCAAUUUUACACGUUCAGCAUUUUUUGACAACCCGAGGAAAACUUUUAAAUACUCAAGACGCACAGUUUCAGCACUUCGGAUCGUGACAGCGACUUCAAGUAAAGUAACCGGUAUCGCAAACUGCUUUGACCGUCAGGCGACUAAGGAGAUCCCGCAUUGGCUAGCUCCGUAAUGUGCACGCCAAGGACCAGCGAAGGACAACGUGUGGCCCGGCGUCCAUCUUCCUCCCUUCUGCAGAGCAGCGAGGAUGAGGAGGUGGGACAGCGGCCGCUUGCGUCCGUUCCCAGGCGCUCCUCGCUGACUCACCGGAUGCUGGGCCUGCAGGGCUGCACACGACGCCUCACCCCGAGCGCACGCCGCAUGCGGCAAAUGACCCCCGAGGAGAAGAAGGAUGCAUCCUAUUGGGACAAGCGACGCAAGAACAACGAGGCGGCCAAGCGAUCCCGCGAGAGGCGGCGGCUCAACGAUUUCAUGCUGGAGGGCCAGCUGCUGGCUCUGAGUGAGGAGAACACCAAGCUUAGGACGGAGAUGCUCUGGCUGCAGUAUCGCUUCGGUGUGGCCAAGGACAGGCAGCCUGCCCAAGCUUCUUUGCAUAACGUUGCACCUGCUGCUUUGAAGUCCAGCCUCUGGGGAUUCAGAACUAACCCAGCUUCACUCUUGGGGGACCAGCAAGAUCUUGGAGACCUGCUGCAUGGCUCCAGGGUCUCCUGGACAGGUGCGUCCACAAGCAGCAGCAUGGGCCAGAACUUCCAAAACCCACAAAAUCACUCCAUGCUCAUGGCAGGCUCCUCUGGCCAGCCGUACUACCUGCAACCUCAAAGUCAUUCACGCAAGAGGGCUUGUCUCCAGCCAUUUGAGAAGACCCCGCAGCAUCCCUACAGCGGGACAGAUGGGGAAGAACUAGACAGCAGUGCUAGCUAUCAGCUGUGCUCCAGCAAGGAAAACCCAGAGGCUCCAGAACCGCGGUCCAGCUCCAAACUCCCUCCUGUGCCGCCCUGUCAGGCCCCACCCUCAUUCUCAGCUUCCGCCCAUCUGCCCCAGAGCCGGUUUCUGCCCACCCUAAACAACCCCUCACUAUGCAGCAGUCUGGUCCUGCCCUGGGGAAACCCGAACCUCCAUUUACCCCCCAUCUAUUACAACCUGCCCCUCUGCCUACCCCUCGAGGGCCGCGAGCUCCUUAAUCACAGCCUCGACCCACAGCAGAGCUUCAAGAGCAGGAGUGAUGCUUUCUCUGCAGAGUUAGCACACCUGAGAAGGUACUUCCUGUCAGAGAACUGCUAGGGAAACACAUGGACCAUACAGAUGGCCUUAGAGAUGGAGCGCAGCAAAGCAGGUCAGCUCUUAUUGAUCUGCAUGUAUCAGUGUAGUGAUGCUGGCCUUUAGCAAAGACUACAGCAUCGGGUUCCCCUCAAGGAAUGUGAAACCGCGACUGGACUUCUGUUCUAAACUUCUGUAUUGAACUUUCAUAGGUUUCGUUAGUGAAGAUCUUCAUUCAUUUCCACUUUAUUUUGUUAUAUUAUUCAAGGGUUAGUUGCUUAAAUUUCAGUUGUGUGGACAAAUAAUUCUGUGAAAUAUUUUUUUUUAUUUCCAGUGUGAAUUUUUUUUUCUAUUUUUAGUAAACCUGUAAUCAUUGAAUGGUGAAAUGUUUUUUUUUCUCCAGGUUAUAAAUAUAAUAUUACAUUUUUAAAUAUAAAUAUGCUCAUUUUACACCGAUAAAUAUUUAUGAAAAUGAAGAGUUUUUACACAAUUAGUCUAUGUUCAGUUUUUAAAAUCAUGAAUAUAUUAAAAGUAUAAAAAUAGCCUAUAUGUAUACUGUGCACAAACUAAAUUGCCAGCAUUUCCUUUAUGAU